AUGGUGCUACAACCAUCAAGGGAAAAAAUAGUAAAGGAAAGAGAAAGGAAGACAUCUCAAGAGGCAUACCUUGUGGAGAAUACAGUGACCUGUAUCCACUUGAUUCAGUACUGGGCAGGGAGAAUUGAACAAGAGCUAGAUCGAGUAGUCCGACAAGUCAGUGGGAUUCAACAGCUCAAAGCACUGUAUGAUGAUCAUAAACAUCUAUUUGAUAUCAAAGAGAACAUGGCCUCCACACUAGUGGAAAGAGUGGCUGGUGAUAUCGAGAAGCUCUUAGACAAGAAAGUGGAAGCUCUGGAGAGACUGGCCAAGGCUGCAGAGCAGUUUCAGAAGGAGCACCGUUGGCAAGAUGACAUUAAGGAGCGAGACGUUUUAUACUUUGAUGCAAAAGCAGGAACAUCUGAUGGUGGUGAUAGAGAAGAUGAAAUCUCAGAUGGGGAGCAAAUUAAUCCUCUCCAGUUGGAGUUUGUGGAUGAUCCGAACUUCAAGGUCAAAGUCAAUUAUUCUUACAUGGCAGUGCAGAUCCCAACAGAUAUCUACAAGGGCUCAACUGUUAUCCUUAAUGAGCUGAACUGGACAGCUGCGCUGGAGGAUGUUUUCAAACGUAACCGAGAAGAGGACCCUUCACUGCUCUGGCAGGUCUUUGGUAGUGCCACGGGUGUGACCAGAUAUUACCCAGCAACUCCUUGGGGCCUUCCCAAUAAGAUUGAUCUGUAUGAUGUACGACGGAGACCCUGGUAUAUUCAAGGUGCCUCGUCCCCCAAGGACAUGAUGAUUAUAGUAGAUGUGAGCGGUAGUGUCAGUGGCCUUACUCUGAAGCUAAUGAAGACAUCUGUCAUUGAGAUGCUGGACACACUGUCCGAUGAUGACUAUGUUAAUGUUGCAUCGUUCAAUGAUGAAGCCAAACCUGUGGGCUGCUUCAAACAUUUGGUUCAAGCCAACGUACGGAACAAGAAGGUCCUGAAAGAUGCCGUGCAAGACAUGAAUGCCCAGGGAGUGACAGAUUACAAAUCAGGAUUCAAUUAUGCCUUUGAUCAGCUACUCAAUUCCACUACGAACAUUCGAGCAAACUGUAAUAAGAUGAUAAUGAUGUUCACAGACGGAGGAGAGGAUCGAGCCCAGGAUGUCUUUGAGAGACACAAUUGGCCCAAUAAAACAGUCCGUGUCUUUACUUUCUCAGUUGGACAGCAUAACUAUGAUGUCACACCCCUACAGUGGAUGGCUUGUGCAAAUAAAGGAUAUUAUUUUGAAAUUCCAUCCAUUGGAGCAAUUCGGAUCAAUACUCAGGAGUAUUUAGAUGUUCUUGGUCGUCCUAUGGUGAUGGCAGGAAAGAAAGCCAAAAAAGUUCAAUGGACCAAUGUUUAUCAGGAUGCUUUGAGCCUUGAGCUGGUGAUUACAGGAACAAUGCCAGUUUUCAAUGUCACUGUGGAGAAUGGCCAGCAGAACCAGCUCAUGCUCGGAGUUAUGGGGAUUGAUGUUGCUCUCGACGACAUCAAGAAACUCACCCCCCGCUACAAUUUGGGUGCCAAUGGGUACUUUUUUGCUAUCGAUCCAAAUGGGUAUGUCUUGUUGCACCCAAACUUACAGCCAAAGAUUAUAAAUUUCCGAGAGCCAGUGACUUUGGAUUUCCUGGAUGCGGAACUGGAGGAUGAAAACAAAGAACGGAUCCGGAGGAUCAUGAUCGAUGGGAAGAGUGGGACAAGUGACAUCCAAACUCUACUCAAAUCCCUGGAUGAGAGAUAUAUUGAUGAAGUAACUCGGACGUACACAUGGACCCCAGUGCAAAGUGCUGAUUACAGCCUGGCCUUGGUGUUGCCACCGUACAGCAGAUAUUAUAUCCAAGCAAAGUUGGAUGACCAAAUCCUUCAAGCUCAGUAUUUUGAAUCCUUGUUACCCAGCUCCUUUGAGACCGUGGGACAUGUAUUCAUUGCUCCCAGGGAAUACUGCAAGGAUCUUGUCAAGUCAGACAACAACACAGAGUUGUUAUUCAAUUUUAUCAGUCUGAUGGAUAAGAACACUCCUGACUACAAGAACUGUGAUUCAGACCUGAUCUAUAAUCUGAUCCUGGAUUCAGGGGUCACUGCCAAAUUAGUGGAGAAAGUCUGGAGGAAUCACGACUUGCACACGCUAGGUCUCCUGGCAGUUUUUGUGGCCACUGAUGGAGGAAUCACAAGAGUUUUUCCAGCCAAGGCAGCAGAAGAUUGGAAUGAAGACCCCGAGCCCUUCAGUGCAAGCUAUUACAGGAGAAGUCUGGAUAACGGUGGUUUCCUUUUCCAUGUACCGUAUAGGGAACCAAAUAGUAUGAUUGACAUGGACCUAAUGAACAACAGUAUCGGGAUUCUAGUGAGCGCUGCUGUGGACCUUCGCAUCUACGGAAAAUCCCUGAAACCUGCAGUGGUUGGAGUGAAGCUGGACUAUGAAGCCUGGGUGUCAAAAUUUAAAAUUCUAGCCAGUAACCAGACUAACAGAGACCAGAUGGAGCCACGCAAGUGUAUGCCGUCUUCCGACUGCGAGAUGGACUGUGAUGUGAACAGUGAGGAUCUGUUGUGUGUAUUAAUUGAUGAUGGAGGUUUCCUGAUCAUGUCCAACCAGCCUGAACACUGGAGCCAGAUUGGUAUGUUCUUCAGUGAGGUAGACCCUAGCUUGAUGAAUGCACUGUAUAAUGCUUCAUUCUACACGAGAAAGGAAUCAUAUGACUAUCAGUCAGUAUGUGGACCACCAUCUAACACUGACACAGGAGCGGCACCCAGAUCCACAUUUAUUCCUACAGUUGCCGAUUUCCUGAACUUGGCAUGGUGGAGCUCAGCUGCUGCCUGGUCUUUACUGCAGCAGUUGCUAUACACCCUUACUUUACAAUUCAGCUUCCAAACAGACGAUACAUUUGCAGAUGGUAUUGAACUGAAGGAGACGAGCUGUGUCACCAAGCAGACACAAUACUACUUUGGCAACAACAGUAGAUCCUACAGCAACUUAAUUGACUGCAGCAACUGCUCCAGGUUUUACCAUGCGCAGAGACUGGCUAACACCAACCUUCUCUUUGUGGUUGCCGAGAAGCUAACUUGUAGUCAGUGUAACCGAAGCAAACUGAUCCAGUCUGAGGUGCAAUCUGAUGGACCAGAUCAGUGUGAAGAGGUGCUGAAGCCUAGGUAUCGGAAAGCACCUGAAGACUGUUUUGAUUACAAUGCAGCAGAGAAUACCUCAGACUGCGGUGGUGGAGCCAUGUUGACGUUCUCUAUCUCCCUCUUAUUAGCCCUGCAAUUAUUUCUCCUGCCUUGGACUGCUGAUCUGAACCUCUUUCUCCGGGCCAGCAGUCUUUGAUUCGGGACCUUCUGUAACUAGAUAUCAGCUGUGCAAUUCUCACAGCUGAGGACUUCCCUUCCCCCGGAAGCCUAAUUCCUCAUUCCAGUCUCACAUCUCUGUGUUGUCAUGUGGUGGAGCUGCAAACUGUGUGUGCGUGUGUGUGUGUGUGUGUGUGUGGAGCUGGUCUAUUGUGGUCGUUUGGACAACCAGUAUUUUCCUGGCAAGAACUUGUGGGGAAAGCAGGAUUUCAUGGAUCUGCUUUGUGGAAGACCCUUUACAUGACUAAGAAGAUGGGAAAUGCAAGAGGAGCCUAUUGUCCCCAUGUGUAGACCCCAUUGCUUUCCCAGACUUUCACUUUCCAUUUAAUAGGAGACCCAGGCAGUUUCAGUGUUACUGGACAGCAUAACUUCUGUUGGUACAUUCAGCUUCUAUCUGCUGUUGAAGCGGGUUGCAUUUAUUUAUGCACUACUUAGUUUUCAUUGACAACCACGUCACAGGGCAAUUUCCCAAUAGAAGUGGCUGUAACUGUAAUGUAGUUACAUAAGCAGUCAGGAUAGCAUGUAACUCAUUAGCACCUUGGAGUUGGCAGCUGCCUUCCUUUUUAUACUGCUGCUUCCAUUUUUAUUCAGGGCAAUCUCUGUCCUCAGUAAUGAACUACGUACCUCAACUUCUUUUAAACUCAUUUUAAAUGUUCCUUUGUCUGAGCACAGGGGCUGCGACGUUCUCCAGCUGUUGUCUGCAUCCCACUCCCAAACCUGUGCUUUAACUGUGGAAUAGAUGUGUAGGCAUAAGUCACAGGUAACAUUACACAGGUCCAAAUGAAACCAGUCAAUGUUAAAAGUUGUUUUGCACACUUUGUAUAUGUGGGGAAAGUGAGGAGAAAAGCAGAGCUGGGGGAACGUGACGUUGGUUUUCACCAAUGGUGAAGGAGCUUUGUUCUGCACUCCCGUUUCACUGUGUUCUGCUUAUAGAUGACUGUAAGUAACCUACGAUGAUUUGAGAAUGUGUGUAAAAUGUUAGUUGAAAUUGCUUGAGAGUGUUGUCAAGUUCCCAACAAGAUGUUACUUGGAAUCAAGAGAGUGUGUUGCGUUAUUUGUAAACUGACUGGGUGUUGCCUUCAGACGGACUCAUUAUUUGUGUAUCUGUUCCGUAAGGAAGAUCAGCACUUUGAAAGAAUAAUGUGCAGGAAAUCAUCGAACAAAAGUCAGUAAGUGUAUCAUUUAUUAGACAUGUUAUGUGCUGUGAUAUUGUGAAACUAUAGACACUCUAGGAGCCUAUAGUGAGUGAAAUCUCAACACCUGCUAGAUAUCAAGCCUCCCUGUGAAUGAGAUUAACACUUAUAGGGAUUUUCAAAUCUCUACGAUCAGCAGAGGACAUUAUUCUUUAGAUAUGUUACUUAUACACAGUUGUUCACUCAUAAAAUAAACUUCACAUCCGAACACUAUUUAUUGUCUGUUACUCUUGCUCUCCUCCCUAGUCCUAUGUUCAUUUAAAUAACUCCAUGAGGAACAUUUCGCCUCUCACUAACUAUCCCUUACUGUAUUCAGACUGUAGCUGUUGUGACAUAUGUACAGAAUUCACUUUUCAGUGACUAAAAUCUAAAAUACUUAGACUGUUAGAGGGUAAAUAUCUGUGUUUCCAAAAUGUUUAAAUGAACUGCAAAGGUUUUUUGUUUUAAAAGACAAGGAGUUAAGAGAUGGAUUAUUUUCACGCCAGGGUCUGACACUGCACUGGCUGAAGUCAAACUCAAAUUGCGUGAGACUGCCUCUCCCAGAGGUAUUAUAUCCUGCUUUGUUGUGAAGUGAACAAGGUUAGGCCUGAGCAGCAGCAGAAACCAACAUUGGGAAGUCAGUGUAUCAA